AUGGGCAUUGAAGAGCAGAAAGAGGAGCGAGAAGUGCUCGACUCAAUAUUCCCAGAGGAAAUCACAGAUAUCUCAGACACAGCCUAUCGAAUAGCCAUAACGCUCGAAGUCACCAAUGAGCACGGCGACACCACCGAACCUCCCACCAUCGUGCUCAGCGUCUCGUAUCCAGAAACAUAUCCCGACGUUGCACCUAACCUCGACCUCUCCAACCCACCGAACGCCCCGAAGCAUCCUCUUCUCGAUGUAUCGGAAGACAAGGCCCAGCUGCUCAAGUCCCUAGAUGCUACAAUAGAAGAGAACCUAGGCAUGGCAAUGGUCUUCACUUUGGUGUCAACACUCAAGGAAGCAGCCGAGCAGCUUAUUAUUGAGAGACAGGGCGCGCUUCAAGCUCAGAAAGACCAGGAAGCGGCAAAAGCGGACGAAGAGGAGAACCGUAAAUUUCACGGCACAGUUGUUACUAGAGAGAGGUUUAUAGAAUGGAGAGAGAAGUUUCUGGCGGAAAUGGCAGAGAAAGAGAGGAAAGAAAAAGAGGAGCAGGAGGCGGAAGACAAAAAGAAGAGAGGUGGUAAGCCAGAAGAGAAGAAGAUGACGGGUAGGCAACUCUGGGAGGGAGGUCUGGUUGGCAAGGUUGACGAAGAUGAAGACGGUGAAGAUGCCAUUGAAGGUUUGGAGAGAUUGAAGGUUACCGCAUGA